GUUGGCCUCAUUCACCGUGCCCCUCUUUGUCUCCCCUCCGGCCGCGGUGGGCCUCGCGCGGUGUCGUUUCGGCAGAAGGAAUGGAAGGGAUCCUUGCCGGCUGUUCUCAUGGGGUUAGGGUUUUGUUUCCGGUCGCAACCUCAGUGAAUCCUGCGCGAAAUCUCUCGUCGAAGGAAUUGGUCCCGCGGGUUCUCCUGCCUGGCGUGCGGCGAUCGGCUCGUCUCCGUUGCACGAGAUCGGAAGAGAAGUCUACUGAUGUACGUGCCACAUUAACUUAUAAGGGUGACGACUUUGUAAACUCUGUUGAAGUUCAAGAGUGGGAAAGUGGAAUGUCACUGAAUGAUAUAGCAGCAAAGCAGGGAAUUAGGAUUAGAAGAAGCCACCGAACUGGACAUCCUUCUGAGGGUUCGAAAGAUGAGAAAGAUACUCCUCGCAAUAUUUUGGAACAGAUAAUAUGGGACAAGGAAGUCGAAGUUGCACAGUUUAAACAAACAAAACCCUUGGAAACAUUGAAGAAAGCUGUUGAAGGUGCUCCUCCUGUUAGAGAUUUUGUUGGAGCUCUAAGAGAAUCCUAUCGACGAACUGGUGUUCCUGCUCUUAUCGCGGAGGUUAAAAAGGCUUCACCGAGUAAAGGUGUCCUGCGUGAAGAUUUUGAUCCUGUUCAAAUAGCUAAGACUUAUGAGAAACAUGGAGCAGCAUGCCUGAGCAUUUUGACAGAUGAAAAGUACUUUCAGGGGAGCUUUCAAAAUCUUGAAGCUGUUCGAAAAGCUGGAGUUGAGUGCCCUCUUCUGUGCAAAGAAUUCAUCAUUGAUUCCUGGCAAAUUUACAAUGCUCGUUCAAAAGGUGCAGAUGCAGUUCUUCUAAUUGCUGGAGUGCUACCAGAUCUUGAUAUCAAGUACAUGACCAUGAUCUGCAGGGAGCUUGGUUUAGCAGCUCUUAUUGAGGUGCAUGAUGAAAGAGAAAUGGAUCGUGUACUGAAGAUUGAUGGAAUUCAACUCAUUGGCAUUAAUAACCGUAACCUUGAGACAUUUGAGGUUGACAUUUCAAACACAAAAAAACUUCUGGAGGGAGAGCGUGGCGAAAUUAUCCAGCGAAGAGGCAUAAUAGUUGUUGGAGAGUCAGGCUUAUUUACUCCUCAAGAUAUUUCAUAUGUACAAGGUGCUGGGGUUAGAGCAGUGUUGGUUGGAGAGUCUCUCAUCAAGCAGAUCGACCCUGGGAAGGCGAUCUCAGGGCUGUUCGGUAAAGAUGUAUCAAAAUAAAGUCAAUCAUCCAGAAAUAAUCUUUUCUCUUGCCUCCAAAGAGAGCUUCGGAAUUGAGAAUUCUUGACUAGUGUUCGUUCUUCUUGUAGCCUUUUUAUGUGCCAAAAAUGGGGAUAAGGUUCGAGUAUGGACCUGCUGGAUUAUGGUUGUGUCACUCUUUUAACACCCAAUAAAGUCUCCUCUCGAUGGUGCGUAAAGCGA